AUGGCCGUCUCGGCCGACUUGCGGUCUGCAAACACGGUGCACGAGAGCUCACCUCCGGCGGCAACGGCGCAGCUGCGAACGGCGGGAGCUCCCUCAUUGCGCCGGCGGCCGAAGGCGGCGCCCGGAGAAGACCGGAUCAGCGCCCUCCCCGACGACCUCCUCCUCCUCGUCCUGCGCCGCCUCGACACCCGCGCGGCGCUCGGCACCGGGGUGCUCUCCAGGCGCUGGGCCGGCCUCCCCCGCGAGCUCGCCGCCCUCGAUCUCAGGGUCAGCGACGUGCUCCCGCCGCGCUACCAACGGUGGCUCCUCCGCCACCGCGACAUCUACAGCAAGGGGACCUUCAUCUUGUACAGGCGCCGCCUCGCGCAGCACGAGUUCAUGCCCAACAUGACACGGUACGAGCGCCGCGCCAUGCGCGCCUUCACCAGAUCCCUCGAGGGCCUCUUGGCCGCCGGAGCUCGCCGGAGGGUCAGCAAGCUAAACCUCGAGUUCUUCACCACCCACAACACUGGCUGCAUCGACCGGUUGGUCUCUCAUGCCAUGGAUGAUUGGGGCGUCGACGACCUCGAGGUCAUCGCAAAGCCGACCUUCUACCAGCAAACCGUGCACACCUUCCCUAGCCAUGGCCUCUGCGAUGAGCCUGGCGCGUCACGCCUGCGAAGCCUCAAGCUUGUGUGCUGUGUGAUCCCUCGGCGGCUGCACAGGUACGGCGCGCUCACUAGGCUCGUCCUGCAAGACGUAGCGGGGUCGCCGCCAUCUGCUUACGAAAAUGUCUUGGACUCGUGCCCACAGCUGCAGGUGGUGCACCUCAACUCCUGUCACUGCGACCGGGAGGCGGUCAUGCUUUUGGAUGCCCCCGAGUCGCAGAUCAGGGAGCUCGUCGUGGACAAUUGUGUGAUCGGAACGGUAUGGCUGAGGGAUCUUCCCAACCUGGAGCAGCUGGCCUCCAUGUGCACAAGACUCUGCAUCGAGUCCGACGACUCAGUUCCAAGCCUCAGGCAAUGGCACCUCACCCGCCGCCACGGCAUCGAAGUGGAAGGGUUUCGCCAGUUGUUCCGGCGGCACCUGGAGCUUAACCCAUUUGUUGAGCACACCCAGGACGUUGUUGUUUUAAUCAUGUAGUAGAGUAGU